AAAAAAGAUAUGGUGUUUGUUACUGUCCAAGACUUUCACUCCAUGUGCCAAAAGCAUUUUCACUACCUCUUGAAAAAGAGAGACCGCCCGAGCUCCUCUAUCGGCUCUGCGGAUACUUUCCUCAAGGCUUCUCGCUCUGAAGUCUUGAGUCUCUUUAUGAGAUCAACGCUUUUGGCUUUGUUGUUUCUGUCAUUUACUUGGUUAAGUCUCCUCAAAUAUGGAACUUCUGCAACCGCUCCAUCUAAGUCGGUUGAAUCUGACCUUCCUGAAUUACUUCCUUUGCUUCUCAACGAUUUGGAGAAGGAAGGUCUCUUUAAGAUGGGAGAUAAAGCACUCUUCCUAAGUGGAGGAGAUGAUGAGGUCACUGUUUCUUCAUACUCUCAAACAGUGAUCGAAACUGAUAUGGUUCUUGUAUCUGCAAGCAAUCAGGAGAUGCAGAGCAUGGUCCCAGAUGAGACCUUUGAUUUCGCCUUUGCGCAUUCUCGUCACAUUGACUCUGCUGAAUUUAUAGACAGGACUCUCAAAGUUGGCGGCAUCUUCACCGUCCAACUCAACCUUCAAGAUCUUCCUCCAAAUUUCUUGAAACAUCCAAACUACGAAAUAGUCUACGUAAAGAGCUCUGAGUACACGGUAAUGACGAUGAGGAAAACAGGGGAAACAGAGCAAAAACAGAGCUUAGUCGCCCCCGGGAGAAAGCUUCUCGGUAUCACAGAAGAAGAGGCCAGGGAAAAAGCUUUGAGAAAGCUAGAGGAUGUUCUCCUUGAACCACCAAGAGCAGCUUCAAGGAAAUCAAGAACAUACUUCAAACGGACACGAUACCUCCCGGACCUUAUGGGAGACAAUUUGGACCUCGAGGGCUACUCAAGGCGGGUAUUUAUCGAUGUGGGAAACGGAAAAGGAAGCAGCGGAAUGGAAUGGUUUGUUGAAAAUUACCCAACAAGGAAACAGAAGUUUGAGAUGUACAAGAUUGAGACGGUGAACGAUGAGAUGAGCCUAGAAUCUGAGAAAAUGGGCAUGACGGAGUGGCUGAAAGAGAAUGUCAAGGAGGAGGAAUACGUGGUGAUGAAGGCGGAGGCGGAAGUGGUGGAGGAGAUGAUGAGGAGCAAGUCGAUAAAAAUGGUGGAUGAGCUUUUCUUGGAGUGCAAGCCAAAGGGUUUAGGGCUAAGAGGAAGGAAGAUGCAGAGUAAGAGUGGUAGGGCUUAUUGGGAGUGUUUGGCUCUUUAUGGCAAACUUAGAGAUGAAGGUGUUGCUGUGCAUCAAUGGUGGGGUUGAAGUUAAAGAACAUGGAGACAGAACUGAGAAGAAUAUUCAUCAA